UGCAGCAAUUGUGGCACAACAAGCACACCCAUGUGGCGCAGAGAUUCGGAGGGAAGAUGCAUCUGCAACGCUUGUGGUUUGUACGAGAGAGCCAACAACGGCCAGAAAAGAAGUUUGAGACAGGCCAGAGGAAAAGCCCCCUACAAAAGACCCAAUCAAGUUUGCUCCAACUGUUCUACCAGGUCCACCACCAUGUGGCGCAAAACGGAGAACGGAGAAGUAGUUUGUAAUGCUUGCGGACUCUACUACAAGUUAUAUCAAAAACAUCGUCCAUUGGAGCUGAAGAGGGAAAAGAUCCAAACGAGAAAGAGACCAUUGAAAAAAAUGAAGACCAGGAAUGAA